AUGAAAGUAGCCAUCUUCCAUCAAAAUGAAGAAAUUUCUUCACCAUCAUCAGAUAAUUUAUCUUCUGCCUCCAAAGAAGAAUUAAUUAAUGACAAUGUUUCUCCUCCAAAAUCCAACAAGAAGAAAUUUGUGGAAUUAAUCAGCAAUGAAAAACAGGCCAAGGCGAAAAUAGAUGAAUGGAAAGAAAUGAUAAAUGAUCCGAAUGUUCAUACUGUCUUUUAUUUGGAUACUGAAGUUGGUGGAUUUAAAACAAACUCGGAACGUCUCUCCUGUAUUCAAUGUUUGGUGGUUUCUAGUCCUCGUGUAAAUGAUCAAAUUUUGAGAUUAUUCAAUCCUUUGAUUGUUCCACCUUCAAUUUCACAUUUAUUAGAGGAAAAGAGAGAAUACACUUUAAAACCUGUGGAAAAUGUUGAGGAGGAAAAUGUAGAUCAAUUCAUUGAUAAUAAGGUAAUUCGAGAAAUUGAAAGUGUAUUAAUUAGAGAUGCUCUGCCGAAUGGGAAAAUUGUAAUUUUAGAUGUUUUGGAUAUGUCUGAUGAUCUUUUAGAUUACUUUGAAGAUAAUAUUAUGUUUGAUGAGAGAUGUGAAAAGGUGUUUCACUACAAGACUUUUGAUUUGAAAUUCCUUGGAGGAGCUUCCUAUUGUAAAAAUGUAUCCUGUACUCAUGAAAUUUCUAGCAAAUACAUUCCAUACCAUCUUUUACCAAUUUCCAAUUAUAAGCUUGAUACUCUUUCUCAUUAUCUUACAAGUAGAAUUAUUUCCCAUAUCAAUAAUGUCUCCCAGACAAGUAAUGACAUUGGAAACUUGGAGGAAAUCAAGGAAUUAUUGACAUACUCCAACAAGAAGGAAUUACAAGAAUCUGAUUGGUUCGAAAGACCACUGUCACCUACUCAAGUUGAAUAUGCAACCCAAGAUGUCAUUACAUUAUUUGGAGUGCAUCAAUUAUUAAUUAAUAUUCUUGUUCAUCAAGACAAUUCAUUCCACUUGCAGUCCUAUUUCAAAUAUUUGUAUAAUGCCAGAUCUGCAGAUUCAGAGGAAUCUCCACAGGAUCUUGAAGAAGAGGACAGUAAGAAUGAAUACCUUCUUCCACUAGCUGAAUUUUCUGAUAGCUCUAAAGACAUUACUGAUAUUGAGGAUUCUAUAAAGGAAAUUGAGGACGAAUACAAACUUUUAGAAUCUAAAAUGUCAACCCUGCAAGACAGAAUUAAACAAGUAAUGAUUCGAGAGAAUAUUACUGAUACAAGAUUCUUCAAACUCUCAUCCUCCAAAAGAGCUACUCAACAAGUUCCACUCCAUCUCUUGGUUGAACACAUCGCUAACCAAAGAUCCACAACCAAGGUAAAAGUCAAUCCCAUCAAUCUACCAGUUGGUGUUACAACCACAAUGAAGAAAGCUCUGAAAGAAGCUGGAUUCGCUGAUAUUCCAACCCAAUCCAUUAUCAAACAAGAAAGCUCAUCCUAUCGUAUCACAAAGAAAUAA